AUAUGCUUAUCCAAUAUGAGGCUUUCUAACUAUUGUGUCAAAAUGUGUAGAUAAAUCGCUGAUAAGGUUGGAUUGAGGGUUUUUGACCUGAGAUGGGAGGACAUUUGUCUAGAAAACAGUAACUCAAAAAUAGGGAAGUAGAGGAUGCACCAGGAUGGCACAGAUAAAUCUGAAAUACAGCAGCCUGGAGUUGACAUUCUAACUGGCAUUCCAAUCACUGCCCAAGCAUUAUGUCGACAGUUAAUUCAAGGAUCACCAGCCAACACAGCUCCAGGCACACCUGUCUAUGGUCUGACUUCAGGGAUCCCAUCGACUGUGCCUCGGACAGUUAAACAAGAGUUACCAAGUAGACAGUCAGGAGGUGGUACCGUACAUCAUCAUGGUCCUAUACCACCACGGACAGGGUCAGGACCCUCGCAUACCAACCUUACAAAUAAAAUGUCUAAUCAACAAAAAUCCAGCACUGGAGGACAUUCUUCAUCUGCCUUUGCUGCUGCUAAUAAACUUUUGAUGGAGACUAAAUCUCACAGUGGACUAAGUUCCACAUUCCCUAACCUAACAGCUCUAGCUAAUCAGAGCUCGACCGGUCCCUCGCCAAAGAAAAAAAUAAAAGUGGAAGAGAAACCUCCACCAACAUCUGAAAUAGCUAAUUACAGGAAACUUGUUCAUGAUAACAAAAUUAAAGAAAUGUUAGAAAUCAAAGAGAAUUAUAUUGAAAAUUUGUCUGAACUGUUUUUCCUGCAAAAUGGGGGCAACAUGAUGGAUUAUUUUGUAUGGACGAAAAGACCAACACCACAAUUAGUCAAUUUCUUGAAAUCUUCAAACAUUGAUAGUGAUGAUGAAGAAGAUCAUGGUUUAGAAAGGAAAAUUAAUAAUGAGGUGAAGGUUUUAACAUGCAGUGGAAGUAAUGUUCCUAUUGCCACUCCAGUGGCAAUAUCAACCACACUACCACCAUCUGUGGCAGCUCUCAACCAGCAGGAGAUGGCACAGUCAGCCAUGUCUCCUCCACUAACAGUUUCCAGUUCUUUGACGACAAUUGUAACACCAGCUGUGACCAUGCCACAACUACAGAGUCAGCUGACCAAGACCGUUACAGAUAUCAAACCACUCAGUGUUAUCACUUCUAUAAUAACAAAGUCUGCAAGUUCCCCUGCAUUAUCCACUAUGGUGAAAAGCCACAAGUCACCACCAGUUUCUCCACUGACCACUACUCCUAGACCAUCACAGAUAUCCUCUGUAUAUGAUGUAGGCUCACAAGAGGCUAUUGUAGAGAGAGCUAAACAGGAGGCUCAAGUAAUGCAGAGAGUUGCAGAAUUAAGAAAAGAUGGAUUGUGGUCCUCAAGAAGGUUACCAAAAGUUCAUGAACCUCCAAGGUGUAAAGGUCAUUGGGAUUACCUACUGGAAGAAAUGCAGUGGUUAGCUGCAGAUUUCCAGCAAGAGAGGAAAUGGAAAAAAGUGGCAGCUAGAAAGAUUGCUAAAAUGGUAACCAAACAUUUCCUAGAGAUGGAGCAGAGAGAACAAAAAGCAGAGGAAGAAGAAGGAAAGAAAUUAAAGAAAAUAGCCAGUCAGAUUGCUAAAUGUGUUAAAGAAUUUUGGUCCAACAUUGAAAAGGUUGUGCAAUAUAAACAACAGAGUCGCUUGGAAGAAAAAAGAAAGAAAGCUUUAGAUAUCCACUUAAACUUCAUAGUGGAUCAAACAGAAAAAUAUUCCACCUGGCUGACUGAAGGAUUGAAACAAGGCAGUUCAGUGGGCUCAACAGCAGGUUCUGUGGGCUCUCUUAGUGAAGCAGGAGAUGACGAGUUUAAACCAGAGGUUGAAGAAUCAGAUGAUGAAGAAACAAUAGAGAAAGAAGAAGAAAUGGAUGAGUCAUCAACAAAAGAUGAGCUUGAAGCAUUACAGAAAGAAAGUGAAGUACCCUUAGAAGAUCUGUUAAAAACUUUGCCAUCAGACAUUUUGGAAAAACCAGCAAGUUUACCUGAUGAAGAUGAGUUGGAUGAGCCUGAGCAGGAUGAUGGUAAAGAUGAAGAGUUUACAGGAAAGGAAGAAGAUGAGGCAGACAAGGAAGAAACAAUAGCUGAACAAGAGAAACAUGAGAAAAAAACAGACUAUAGUAAUGAAUUAAAAGAUCUUGAGGAUGAGGGUGAUUUACCUAUGGACGAGUUGUAUAAGAAGUAUGCUGCUGCUUAUGAUAGCGACUUUGAGUAUGAUGAACCAAGUGAUGAGGAAGGAGAUGAUGAAACGGACGAAGAGGAAGAGGAGGAAUCUGAAGAAGAAGAGGAAGAGGAGGAGGAGGAAGAAGUUGAUGUAGAAGAGGAUGUUGGUUUAGAAUCAUUGAUGGAACAAGAUCAAGAACCAGUCAAGGAAGAAUUUGACCCAACUGGACCAGGCAAAGAGCUGACAGAUAUUGCUGCUGAAGCUGCCAGUCUACAACCUAAAGGCUACACAUUAGACUCCACCAGUGUGAAGACAACCAUUCCAUUCCUGUUGAAACACACUAUGAGAGAGUAUCAACAUGUAGGAUUGGACUGGUUAGCUACUAUGUAUGAGAAAAGGCUUAAUGGUAUUCUGGCUGAUGAAAUGGGUCUGGGCAAGACAAUCCAAACAAUAGCACUUCUGGCUCAUCUGGCAUGUGAAAAAGUGAUUUGGGGACCUCAUUUGAUUGUUGUACCAACAAGUGUUAUGUUAAAUUGGGAACUUGAAUUGAAGAAAUGGUGUCCAGCAUUUAAGAUCUUGACUUACUAUGGAACACAGAAAGAAAGAAAAUUGAAGAGACAGGGUUGGACCAAAACCAAUGCAUUCCAUGUUUGUAUAACAUCUUACAAAUUGGUCAUUCAGGAUCACCAGGCUUUCAGAAGGAAGAAAUGGAAAUAUCUUAUUUUGGAUGAGGCUCAGAACAUCAAGAAUUUUAAAUCCCAAAGAUGGCAGAUGUUGUUAAACUUCUCAAGUCAGCGGAGACUUCUCCUUACUGGUACCCCUCUACAGAACAGUUUGAUGGAGUUGUGGUCCUUGAUGCAUUUCCUUAUGCCCCAUGUGUUCCAGUCACAUAAAGAAUUCAAGGAAUGGUUUGCUAACCCGUUAACUGGUAUGAUAGAAGGCAGUCAUGAAUACAAUGAAAGUCUCAUCAGAAGGUUACAUAAGGUAUUGAGACCAUUCUUAUUGAGGAGAUUAAAAUGUGAUGUUGAGAAACAGAUGCCUAAGAAGUUUGAACAUGUUGUAAUGUGUCACUUGUCCAAAAGACAAAGAUACCUUUAUGAAGAUUUCAUGUCUCAAGGAGCAACAAGAGAAACUUUACAAUCAGGACAUUUCAUGUCUGUAAUCAAUGUACUGAUGCAGUUGAGAAAAGUCUGUAAUCAUCCAAGUUUGUUUGAUCCACGACCAAUUAUUUCACCAUUCCAGGCCGAGGGCAUAUGUUAUCGCACAUCUUCAUGUGUCCUGAACGUUUUAGAAUAUGAUCCAUUGAGGGAUAUAGACUUGUAUAGUUUAUACCCCAGUUUAGCUGACAUGGAGAUAAAUCUACCAGCAUUUGUUGCUCAUCGGGUAAGGGGACUGCAAACAAGUAGAAAGUUGAUAGAAGAAAUAGAUGAUGUGGAGGAAUGUGAACAACGACCAGUCCCAGGAAAACUUCAGCCUACCUCAUUUCCAAGCGUCUUCCAACAGUGUGGAAGGUCUUCACCAGCAAUUACAAGUACUGUAAUGUCCAAUGGUGGUUACCCUGCCUCCUCUGUUCCUGUGAUGACACCAACGGUCACUACAGUAUCAACUCCAGGAAUGGUCACAGUGGCUUCCAGUAUGCCAGUCACAAGUGUGGUACAGACCAACAAACUACAGACAAAAGUGGUUCCUCAGUCUGCUGGACAGACACCGGUUUCCACUCAGCCAAUCACAGUACAGAUACAACAGACUGACCAAGGAGCAAGACUGAUGAUACCUGCUGGACAGUUGUCUCAGUUACCAGCUGGCUUUAUACAGAUAGUACAGACUUCCUUGGGACAACAGAUGAUUGCUACAUCUGCAGUCAGUUCAGUAGCCACUACAGCUUCUGCAGUAGUAAAUGGGCAUCAGACCAUAACCACUACAGCAAGUUCCUCUGUAACAGCUACUACGAUGGCAACAAUGGUCAGACCGUCUGUACAGCUGCCUAUAUCUACUAUGGGUAAUCAGAAGCCGAUGAUGAGAGUCAGUCCUCUGACAUCUGAAUCACAAGCAUCAUCAUCCAUUAUAAAUGUGACAGAUUUAUCAGGGAAUGUAAAGUUACCUGGUACACCCUUGCAGAACAAAUCAGCUGUGAAGAAGAGGGUCAGGAAGGAGAUCAAGAAAUCCGAGUUCUAUUGUAAUUCAUUGGAAGAAAAGAAAAUGAGAGAAAGAGAACAAAAGUUAGAUUUUAUUGCUAAUACAAAUGAGAAACAUUGUUCGCGUGUGCCUGUUUAUGGACAAGACUUGUGUCACACUGUUGACGUGUUCAGAGAUAUGAAUAGGACGCGUGUUAAAGACAAUACAUGGAAAGGUUUAGGCAUGGUAUACUGUCGUAAUGUCCAUACCUGGCCUAAUGUGAAUCAUCCUAGUUAUUACUGGAAACAAACCAAAGUGCUUUCAAAUCUUAUUAAUACUCCAGAACAAUUCCUACACAAAAUGGAGGAUAUCCUGCUAAGGUACACAUUCAUCACUCCUCCUUGUACAGCUCCCAGGAUACAGAUGCAUGUGUCUCAUCCGCCUCCUCACUAUCUGGUGGAACAAAGGAGACGGGAGACACUACUGCAGAGUCAACUGUCUCCAAAAGCAACUUGUCUUCAUCCUAUAUCAACCAGACUUCUGGUACAGUUCCCAGAAAAACGUUUGAUACAGUAUGAUUGUGGAAAACUUCAAGUGCUGGAUAUUUUAUUACAUAGACUUAAAACAGAAGGACAUAGAGUAUUAAUAUUCACACAGAUGACAAAAAUGUUGAACAUUUUAGAGGCAUUCCUAAACUACCAUGGACAUAUAUAUUUACGUCUUGACGGAACAACUAAGGUUGAACAAAGACAAUUCCUAAUGGACCGAUUCAAUGCGGAUAGGAGGAUAUUUGUGUUUAUUUUAUCCACACGGUCAGGUGGUAUAGGUGUGAAUUUGACAGGUGCUGAUACUGUGAUAUUUUAUGAUAGUGAUUGGAAUCCAACUAUGGACGCUCAAGCUCAGGAUCGAUGUCAUAGGAUUGGGCAGACUAGAGAUGUUCAUAUUUAUAGACUUGUGAGUGAGAGAACUGUAGAAGAGAACAUCUUGAAGAAAGCCAACCAGAAAAGAAUGUUAGGUGAUAUGGCUAUCGAAGGAGGAAACUUUACUACAACAUUCUUCAAAGAGCAAACAAUCAAAGACUUGUUUUCUGAGCCAUCAGGUUUAGAUUCCUUGGUGAAGGAGAAGGAAGACAGAAAAGAAAAAGAAGAUGCUGUCCCUGUCCCACCUGAAGCUGUUGAUCUGAAAAUGAAAUCUAUGAAAGAAGUAGCUGGAGGUGAUGAUAAACCAGUCACUUCAGAUACAUCUGUUAUCACUCAGUUUGAAAAGGCACUGGCCAAGACAGAAGAUGAUACUGAUGCUGUAGCUGUUGAUCAAGUAAAAGCUGAACAAAAAGCAGAACUGGCAGAAUUUGAUGAAAAUAUCCCCUGGGAUGAAAGAGAGGCUGAAAGAAAAAGGGAAGAAGAUGAAUCCAAAGUGGAAAUGGAAUUAGCUAUGUUGGAAAAGGAGCUAACACCAGUGGAGAGAUAUGCAGUUAUCUUCAUGGAAGAUGAGAUGGAUCCCUUGGCUGAAGAACUACAGAUUGCAGAGGAGGAUAUACAAAAUGCCAAGAAAGAUUGGGAGCUUGGUCGAUUGAAGGCUUUAAAGGAAGAAGAAGAAAGACGUCUAGAGGUUGAAGAGGAUGAGAUGCUGUUUACAUACACCAGGGAGGACGCGUUUAACCAGGUCUUUAAAUCUGAUGUUGAUCAAGAAAAAAUGACAAUGUGGACCCCUCCCACCCCACCACAUGAUGAUAAUGACAUCUAUAUUGACCAAUCAAUGUGCUUCCUGUAUGAACACAGUACUAUGCCAGAGACGCAACUACCACCCAUCUACAUCAAGAAGGAACACAAGAAACCCAAGAUUGAAUCCAUCACAACAAGAAAACAGAAACAAAGAAAAGAAGAACAACCAAGAGUCCCACGAUCAUUGUUUGACAGACCUACAUCUGCUCUUCUCAAGUUACGUAGAGAGGCCAAACUUAAACAAGGCUUAUUGAAACCCUUCCGUCCAGUUCCACAGAUGAUUAACAAACCACCAGAUCCCACACCUGAUCAUCCAGAAUGGCUCAUACAUGAGGACUGGGCAUUGCUACAGGCUGUGCAGACGAUAUUUGAUGUUCCAUUAAAUCUAAUGGUUGUUUCCCCUGCUCACUUACCAAACUGGGACUUAGUGGCAGAUAUUGUCAAUAGUUUAAGUCGAGUGUAUCGCUCAGCCAAGCAGUGUAAAAAUAGAUAUGAAAAUGUAAUCAUACCGAGGGAGGAAGGCAGAAUAUUGUAUGAUAUCAACCCUAAAAAACAGAGCAAGAAAACUAAAGGAAUUUAUAAGACAAAGAACAACCGUCCAAUGAGAACAAGUCAGUUAUUUGUUCAAGAUAACCAGAAUGCUAUCAGUAUGUUAUACAGUCUGAGGUUUGACGGAGUCAAGGGUAUAGCCACUAAACGUCCACCUCCACUCAAACAGACUCUGGUUAAUCCUACAUUGAAGAAUCCAAAGCAUGCAUCUGUUCUGUCGGAGAAUGAAAUCAACUACGAACAACCACUGACGCCAAUGCAGGUGGCUGAGAUCAGGGCACAGAGAAUACAAAGAGAAAAGAAACAGAACCAAGCUGCUGCUGCUGCUUCUGCCGAACAACAGCUUCAGAAAUCUCAAGCACAAACUACCCAGGCUACCCCUACACCUGCCACACCUUCCCAAGGAACCACAGCUGUCGUGGUGGCACAAAGUAUAGCUGGAGCAGUCACUAGUCAACAGUUACAACAGAUUUACACUACUGUCACAACAGCUGGUCUCCAGACAGCCACAUUAGCCAAGACAGCAGUAGGACAGGCAGUGACGGCUGUGUCCUUACCUCGUGCUGCCAGUAACAUUGUAGUUAAUACACCACCAGGAGUGGCAUCUAACUUUGCUGCUAUCAAUAGAAGGAUGAGUCAGGCCAGUGCAGGACAGCCUGCUACUGUGGCUGUAUCAAAUAUGUUGACAUCAGCCAUUCGAGCUCAGCGUCCAGCAGCUCCUCAAACCAUACAGGAGAUUACCUCUGUAAGUCAGGGUGCCACAGGACAGAUAGCUCAGAUCACUACAGCUAGGACACAAGUCUCUACAGUAACCACAUUGACACCAGCUCAGUUAGCAGUGGCAGCAGCCCAACAACGAAUACCUGGUAUCACAACUAUUGCUGGAAAUACUGUGGUAGGACAACAACUGACAGUAGCUGCUGGUAAAACAUUGACACCACAACAACAAUUAAUGCAACAGAGACAUCUGAUUGGUCACCAGGCUAUACAACAACAACAACAACUCAGGAUGCAGAAACUUAAUAUUACACAACAGCAAUUACGACAGAUUCAACAGAGUGCUCGUCCAGGGAUUCCCCAGAAAACAGUUAUAGCUCAACAGCUGGUCACCAGUGUGGCUCAGGUUCCACGGAUGAAGAGACAACUGACACAGGAUGAGUUAAAUCGUCUGAAACAACAACAGCAGCUUAUCCAGAAACAGGGACAAUUACAAUUGCCAGCUACACAGAUAAUAGCCCAGGGUCAGGUGCAGCAAGUUGGUCAGCCUGUUUCAGUGGCUGGAACUUCUGCCCACUUAGUGAAGACCGUGUCCACACCAGUACCGCUACAACUACCCACCAGUACAGCUGUCAGUAUAAACGUUACAGUUCCUGCUCAAAAGACAAAUAUAGCUACCAAAGCAACAAUCAGUCAGCUUCAGAAGGGACAGUUACCUCCAAUGCAAUUACUUAGAAAAGCACAGCCCAUUCCUGGACAACAGAAAAUCACUUCCAUUACCCAGCAAAUGGGGAAGACUCAGAUACCUCUCAAUACAGUUCAAAUCAUACCUCAACCUCAAAGUGCCUCUGGUCGACCUCUAACCUACCAGCUGCAGCAAAUCAUGAGUACAAACAAACCUCAUCAGGGGUCAAUGAUAAUAACGUCUCAGCCGACAAUCAUUGCCACAGUUACUCAGAGUCAGCCCUCGGGACAGAUUGUUACUAAAGUCCUCACCUCAUCCCAAGGUACCAUACCAACUUCACAGAUACACACCAUUUCCGUGGCAUCACCUGCAAUUAGUCAGGUGUCAGUGGCUGCCAGUGCACCAACACAGAUACCUGUAGCAACAAUUAGCAUGGCUCACCCCUCUCAACAGGUUGCCAAGUCUGUAACAGUGGCAACAGUCAGUAAUGUUAGCGGCAACACUGUUCAAGUUCAUCCAGUGGCAACUCAUCAGGCUAGGAUGGCCACUUUAUCACAGGCUUCAAUAGUGGCACAUCCUAUUCAACAGAUUCAAGUGACUCCUAGUGGCUCAUCAGUACAGCAGCCAGCCACAAUUCACGUUCAUUCCACAUCUCAGCCGUCAACGGGCACAGUAGUGCCUCAUACAUCAUCACCAUUGACAUUGACUGUUACCCCAGCUAAUCAAACACCACCCCCUAAUGUAACAUUAAUUCAGCAACAGGUACCAGUUUCACAAACAACAGUACAGACUGGUACCGUCACUUCACAGGCAGCUCUAGCAGCAGCUGCAGCACUACCCCCACAGUCACCAGUAGUUCCAGGAAUUGUUACCACAGUGGUACAGACUCCACAAGGUGGGCAACAGUCUUUAAAACCGUCACCCUAUGCCAUGAGGACGAGGAAUCAACCAAAACAUCAAUAGUUAUUGACAUUCUCAAAAUGAUUCAUUUGAUAUUUUAUUGAUUGAUGACUAGAAAUCAUAGUUUCUAUAUAGUUAAAACAGGGACAAGACCAAUAGGAUGUCACAUAAAAAUCUACCAGUGUUUAUAAACAAAAUGAGGGCAGCAAUGACAUGAAAACACUGGUGUGAAACCUUCAGUGAAAGGACAAAUACUGAAACAAACAAAAAAGUUAGUGAAUAAUAAACAUUGAGAAUUCUAUUGAUUAUUUCUUGUAUUAUUUAUUUGGUUUGUAUAAGAAUGAGUCUAUGACCAUGUGUAGAAUUUACUGAAACAAACAUCCUCAAUAUGCAUGAAAUAUUUGCCACUGGAUGUUAAGAAAGCAAGUAAUGGGAACAUUGUUUUCUAUAUUUAUUUUUGAAAGGAAUUUUUUCAAUGACAAAAUGAGCUAGAUAUCACUCUGUCUAAUACAUGUAUAAUUGGCCAUAGGAUAAAACAUUUCUAUUGACGGUUAUAUGCAUUGUUAAAGAGAGUGAGUUUCUUUGUAAACAAAAUAACUUUGAAUUUUAUUAUUUAAUAGUUAUUGACAUUAGAAUGAGUUGAAAGUAAAACACUAUAGAUUAGAAGUAAAUGCAUGGUAUAUUUGUAUGUUUAUAGAAUGUAUUACGUAGACUUUAGUGAGUGUUAAUUAUUACAAUUGUUUGAUGUGGUCUUGGAGUUCUAGAUUUUGUACUGUGUAUGUAUGUGACCAUUUUAAUGCCAGGAUAUUAGUACAAUAUACUAGAUUUCAAUGACAUUUUCAUUUGCUAGCAAACUCCUGUGGCAUUUUAUUUCCUUGUUUUUAAACUCUGUGUAUUGUAGUCUGAAAACUUAUUUAAAUCUGGUGUAUAAUUUAUCUUAUUUAAUGAAUUUGUAGAGGUUAAUCAUGUUAAUAUUAUGACACACAAGUUUUCAUCAAACUUUAUAAGAAUGAUACAGAAAUUGUUCAUUAGACCGUGAUAAUUUUCCUGUUAUUUAUGAUAUGACAAGAAUGAUGCCUACUACAAAAUUUACAAGGUUCCAAGCUGGUAAUCGUUUUGCUUUGAAAUACAGUAAAGCAGGAUUUUUGUAGUUUUUUUUUAUAUUUUUCUUGUUAGUGAGCUUGGGAACUUAAACAGUACACCAAAUUCGAUAGAUAAUCUUUUCAAAAUAUUCAGUUUGUUUUAUUGUAAAAUUUCAUUGUUGAUGAAAUGCUAUCAUUUAAAUUUUUAAUCAUAUUUGACUGUAAAAUGUGAAGAUACAUUAACUUUUAAAAGUACUUCAUUAAAUGAUGAUACUUUACUUUCCUUUUUGAUUUAUGAUAAAUCAGAUUGUCAUGACUUCAGAAUUAUUAUGUGUUGAGAUAUAUAU